AUGGAGAUGAACACCGAUGAGAACACUCUUCACCAACUAGAAGAUGAGCUACACACGCGCAUCUACCCCGGCACUGAAAUCAUGUCAGAUGUCGGAUCCGUUCACUUCAUCUCAGAUCAUUCGCGUGUCCUCGUCCCGCAGCCUUCUGCCGACCCUCACGACCCACUCAACUGGUCACCCUUCUGGAAAGCCAGUGCAAUGGGUCUGGCCACGGCUGUGAGCUUCGCACAAGGAUUUGGACCUUUGGCAUUAGCGCCCAUGUUUCCGCAGCUCAUGGAGGCGUAUGAUGCGAGUUUGGCGGAAGUGGUGCAAUUCACGGGUGUGUGUAUCUUGGUUUUGGGGUUUAGCAACUUUUUCUGGGUACCAAUUCAGACAGCUUUCGGCAGACGACCAGUGCUGAUCUUCUCGACGCUUGUAUGUCUUGUGAGCAAUAUCUGGAGAGCCGAAGCGAAGACUUAUGGAAGCUACAUGGGAGCAUGUGUCUUAAAUGGGUUCGGAGCCGGACCAGCAGAAACAGCUCAACCUCAGAUCACCGCAGAUGUGACGUUUUUGCAUGAGCGAGGAGCCUGGAAUACGUUGUACUUCACCUUCUACUUCGGCUCUCUCAUGGUCGGACCCAUCGUCGCAGGUCCAAUGACGGAACACGUUGGCUGGCGCAGUUUUUGGUGGCUCAACGUCGGCCUCCUAGGCAUUGUCCUCAUCCUUCUCAUCUUCCUCUUCCCAGAAACGAAAUGGCACCGUCAGCACCCUCGAGAACUACUCAGACAAUCGAUCGAUGCCGGCAAUCCAAUCGCACUCGACGACAAAGCAACCGCCACAACCAUCGAACAACGCGACGGAGAGAAACAGACCCCCAACAACACCCUCACCCAAACCCCAACAGCCCAACGCGAUCCGCAUCUCCACCACGGCACCCCCUCCAAACAACAAUUCAAACUCUUCCAACCAAACUCCCACCCCCUGCGCGCCAUCAUCCUCGACCUCUGGAUCCCUAUCAAACUGCACAUCUACCCCAUCAUUGAAUUCGCCGCCUUCGUCGUCUCCUGGUCCGCAUCCUCCUUCCUCACCAUAAACCUUACACAAUCCCAAGCCUUCUCCGCCCCACCAUACAACUACUCCGCACAGACAAUCGGAUUCUUCAAUUUUGCCAUCUUGGUCGGUGCGAUCAUCGGGUUGUUCAGUAAUGGGUGGUUGAGCGAUUGGUUCGCUGCACGGCUGACGAAGCGAAAUCGAGGCGUAAGGGAGCCGGAGAUGAGAUUGCCGACGUUAUUGCCGUAUGUUCUCAUUAUGUUGUUGGGGAACUUUGUCGUCGCAUUUGGAUGCCAGUAUAAGUGGCGGUGGGAAAUCAUUGUGUUGAUUGGGUAUACCUGUGCGGGUAUUCAGGUUGCUGCAAUUCCGGCCAUUGCUACGACGUACGCGGUUGAUAGCUACAAGCCAGUUGCGGGGAGUAUCAUGGUGACCAUUACUGUUAACAAGAAUGUCUGGGGGUAUGGGUUCAGUAAAUUCAUUACGCCGUGGGUUGAGGAGGCAGGAUUUGUGCCGCCAAUUAUGUUGAAUAUGUGUUUGAUCUUUCUGUGGUGCUCGUUUGGACUGGUGUUCUACAUCUUUGGGAAGAGGCUGAGAGGGUUGACGGCGAAAAGCAGUGUGCAUGAGAUGUGA